AUGCAUGUUCAAACACUCGCGCUGUUGGCCGCGGCUGCUUUGGCCCGAGCUGCCUCGAUGCAGGCGCCCUUUUCGCUCCACUCUGCACUCGACACGUGUCUUUCGUGCGCCACGCUUCCCACCUGUCCCACCGACCCCUGCACGACCAACACUCCCGGUGGCCUUCUGCUGCUCACGCAGUUCUGGGACUUUCACCCCGCCAUCGGGCCUUCGGAUUCGUGGACGAUCCACGGUCUUUGGGCGGACAAGUGCCUUGGGGGGUAUGAUGCCGACUGCGAUCCGUCGCGCAACAAUGACAAUAUCGCCGCAGCCCUUCGAUCGUCCUCCGACCCUCGAGCUGCAAAGGCGCUCGAGACGAUGAACCAGUACUGGCUGGCGCUGAAUGGAAACGACGCUCAGCUUUGGUCGCACGAGUGGAACAAACACGGCACCUGCGUCUCUACGCUCAACCCGGAAUGCUACCCCGAAUCAGCCUUUGGCGAGCAUCAAGACAUCGUCGACUUUUUCUCAACCACCACCGACUUGUUUGACAAGUACAAUGUCUUCAAGGCUCUUGAGGAGGCGGGGAUCAAGCCGAGUACGAGUGCGAGGUACUCGUUGCAGCAGCUUAAAGAUGCAGUGCGCCAAAAGUGGGGCAAAGAAGCCUCGUUCCGAUGCCGAAACGGCGCCCUCAACGAAGCCUGGAUCUACUUUCACACUGCAGGCAGAUCCACCAGUGCAGACUCCUUCGUUCAGGUCGAUCCACUCACCGGCGACAACCGUUGCCCCACCCAGAACAUCCGUUACCUCCCCAAAUAG